UUUUAGCAAGAACACGUUGCGAAGGGUCCUCAGUCGUUAGUUUGUGCCUUCCGUAUUGACUCCGCCGGUCCACCGUCCCCCCGCGCCACGCUUCUCGUUUGUUUUUGAGAGGGGGGGAAAUUGAGAACUCAGUUUUGGAGAGAGAGAGAGAGAGAGAGAGAGAGGUGGAAUCAAUUUUAACAAUUCAGCAUUCUUUUAGGUGUGCCAGUAGAUCUGAUUACAAACCCUAAUAAAUUUUAGAGGGGAGAUUUGAAAUCUCUCCUGAUCAUCUAGCCAAAGCUCUCUAUGGCGCUUCGAAUGUCAAAACUCUUGUUCCUACUCUGCGUUUUAUCCCACGUUAUCAUCGCCAUUGCUGGGAAGAGCUAUUAUGAUAUUCUUCAAGUAUCCAAGGGUGCUUCAGAUGAGCAGAUCAAACGAGCUUAUCGGAAACUCGCAUUAAAGUACCAUCCUGAUAAGAACCAGGGAAAUGAAGAAGCUAACAAGAAAUUCGCCGAGAUCAAUAAUGCUUAUGAAGUGCUAUCGGAUAGUGAAAAGAGGAGCAUAUAUGACAGGUACGGUGAAGAUGGCCUGAAACAGCACGCUGCCAACGGUGGCAGAGGGGGCGGCGGAAUGAAUAUUCAGGACAUAUUUAGCUCUUUUUUUGGUGGAGGUCAAAUGGAAGAAGAAGAGAAAAUCGCGAAAGGUGAUGAUGUUGUUGUUGAAUUGGAUGCAACAUUGGAGGAUUUGUACAUGGGAGGAUCAUUGAAGGUUUGGAGGGAGAAAAACAUUUUAAAGCCAGCCCCAGGCAAGAGACGCUGCAACUGUCGAAAUGAGGUCUACCAUAAGCAAAUCGGUCCCGGAAUGUUCCAGCAGAUGACUGAGCAGGUCUGCGAACAAUGUCCCAAUGUGAAAUAUGAGAGGGAGGGGUAUUUUGUCACUGUUGACAUUGAGAAAGGGAUGCAGGAUGGACAAGAAGUGGUUUUCUAUGAAGACGGGGAGCCCAUAAUAGAUGGUGAACCUGGAGAUCUGAGGUUUCGUAUUCGUACAGCACCCCAUGAUCGCUUCCGAAGGGAAGGCAAUGACUUGCACAGAACUAUUACAAUUACGCUAGUGCAAGCUCUUGUUGGCUAUGAGAAAACAAUUAAACAUCUUGAUGAGCAUUUAGUGGAUAUAAGCACUAAGGGAGUCACUAAGCCCAAGGAAGUCAGAAAAUUUAAAGGUGAAGGGAUGCCAUUGCACUAUAGCACAAAGAAGGGUGACCUAUAUGUGACAUUUGAGGUUAUUUUCCCAACUUCCCUAACAGAAGACCAGAAAACGAAGAUUAAGGCGAUUCUCGGUUAAGGAAUUGACUACAUUUUUCUUGGGUACUCUUUACUAAGAUGUUGCGGUUGUAUUAUUGAGGUCCAUAUAGAAGAUACGAGAGGGACUUAGAUUUCUUUUCUUCUACUUUUUUUUUUUUGGUUCCAUUUAACGUGUAGCAAAUUCAACCAAGGAUAUCUGUGCUGUGAUAAUGAUCCAGCAUUUUGUUAGGGCCUUCUUCGUAUUUCUAUUUUUGUCUAUGCAAGGCAUAGUUUCAUUAUGGUAUGAAAACCUAGUGAAUACAAGACACUAACGAUGAAAUUUGCGGAA